CACACACACACACACAGACACACACACACACACACAGACACACACACCUCAGCGCAAAGCCCCGCCCCUCUCUGGCUGCUGACACACUCCCAGAGGCAGGCUAUACAACCCGUGGGCUGGCUGCCUUCCCCUUCAGUAUCAGCCUCUCCGCGUCUGUGAGAGCAACACACACGCCGACAGAGACAGUCAACCAGCCAGCCGGAGAGCCAAAGAGGCUCAGCUUGGAUUACAACAGGAGCGUCACAGAGGGAUAUAUAACACGCUUCCACUGAGAGACACGCACACACGCACGCACACAGACACACACAAGUACACAGAAGCAGUAGAAGCAGCGGAGACACAGAGAAGCCACCAUGGGGACCAGCAUGUCAUGUGUUCCUCAGCACAACUUCAGGUUUUCCAGUAAGAGCUUCAUCCGCAGGAACAGCAGCAAGCUGUUCCGCAAGAAGAACCCUGAGGUGGGCCAGGAGAAAUCCAACAGCAUCAUCAACAUCCUCUGUACAGUAACUCCCCGCAAGGAGAUGUCACCGAAGGACCUCCAGACGAUAGACAAUAUAAAAUGGGAUCCCCCGUUCCCCUACGACCCCGCCAGCGGCUGGAAGAAGAGCAGCAUCAACGUGAAGAACUAUGGUCGCAUGAUCCACAGCUCCAGAGUGCGCUUCCGGUUCCUUCACUGCCAGGAUGUGCAUGAUUGCUUCCUGGACCUCUUUCAGACUCACCUACAUUUUGUGUCCAACAGCGGCAGCGGACUCACCUACCAGGGGACUCUCCCACUGAAGGAGCUCACCCUGCGCAAAGUACAGAGUCACAGCAGCUACAACGAACCACAGGAAUUCGCAUUCCAGAUAAAUGGUGUCAGCCUCAACCCCAUCAUCGUGUAUUGCGCCAACCAGAAGGAGAUGGACAACUGGUUUGGGCUACUGAAAAACCAGAUUGAGGCUAACGGAGGAACCGCUAUCACGACUGAGACCUACUCAGACUUCAAGACCCAGACGGAGGAAGAUUACGGCGAAGGGAGAGAGGAGCUCAGGAACUCCAUCAGCAACGAACCCAUCUACGAGUGGGAGGGCUCCCAGAGAGAGAGCCUUGGGCCCAUCGUCUAUGUGACCAAAGUCAAGAUCCAGCACCUGCCUUGCCAGGACAAGAGUGACCGACUCCUGGUCAUGUACCCUGACACACUUAUCUUCCUGUCUGGGGAAAACAACCGGCUCUUCUACAAGGGGAAACUUUCCCUGAACAUGAUCACGGUCACCACACCCUGUCAAGAGGUCAAGCCCAACACAUUCAUGAUCGAAGGCAAGCUCAUCAACCCCAUCAUCGUCUCAUGCCCGGACAAGACAGAGUUUCAUGACUGGAUCGAGCAUUUCAAAUCGGCAGAUGUGCCCAUCCUUAGCCCCCCUCCCCCCGUCUAUGACAUCAUCUACACUCCAACCCAGAGAGAGGCUCCAGACUUCGACAGGUGGAGCAACACAAGCCACAGCCGUGGCCCGACCGAGGCGCUGAGGCUGUCGCACAGCGGCCGCGGCUCCCACGAGCUGCCCUUUCCCAGCGGAGAGGAUAAUCCCCUGUCCCCCGGUUACACGGAGCCCCUCUGUUACUCCUCCAGCCGGCCCCCGUCCGGCGAGACUCAGUACUCCGCCCGCCUGGGUAGCCGUAGCAACAGCGUGGUCGCCUCGCGUCGCGGCCCCAGCGGACCUUUUUUCGCUAUCCUCAGCUGCUACUCCCUGCGCUCGCGGUCCUCCUACCUCUCGUCCGAGGUUCCCCCGUCGCCCGUCUACAACAUGCCCUACACUUCCGUCACCCGCAACGGACCCAUCCAGCGCGUCGAAAAGGCCCCUCUUAUUAAGUCCAACAGCUGGAGCACGCCACAGUCCUCCAUCAAGUUCCACCACCAGCCCAGCUACCCCCAGAGGCACUCAGACAUGUGCGGCCCCCUCCGAAAGCCCCUCUCGCCCCUCUACGAUGACCCCACCACACCCGGCGGGUACCCCCCGCAGGGGAGCCAUGUUAAUCCGGCGCAGUCUUCCUGGCACAGCUCAUCGGAGAAGCAGUGUCCACCCAUGCUGCCCGCAAACUUCCGCCUGCGCACUCCGCCCAUGGGCCGGAGGACCAGGGGCAGCCUGGCCCCGGAGCAGGACGCGGGGGUCAGCCAGUGGGGGUCCGAGCAGCAUGUUGAGGCCGUCUCCAGACUCAAGAUGCUGCCAGUGCCCAACACAGUGCCCGAGCACAGCAGCCUGACACAGCGAACGUUUACAUCCUGCGCUACCAUGGAGACCCAGCAGAUCUCAUACGGCUACUCCCCAGAUGAGAACUGCUACCUUGAGCCUGCCGAGCCGGACGACCAGGAGCUGGACUAUGAUAACAUUUGGGAAUAUAACUGCCACAACGUAAUGAUUCAGCCCCGGUCUGGAAUUCUGCCACAUCGGACAGUGAUGGACUUUGGUGCCCCGGGCCUCAGCACUGCCAUGGCAACACAGGCGGCGAGAUGGUCGUAAUAAAAGCAACAAUGGGGGCAGACUCCCGCCUGGACUUGCGCUGCAUAGCAGACUAAUCCCAGCCGGCCAGGGCGUCCACUCUGUCAAAGCACCAGCGUCCGGCUGCAAAGGGCCCACGGUCCCCUAUCUCUCUCCAGACCCCUAUCCAAACGGCAGUCUGUCAGUGCCAGCACAUGUUCACAGCUCGAGCCCAUCUUUCAAACUCUGUGUCAUGUUUAUGAUAGGAACACCUCAAGGCUGUACGUAGACAUGGGCGCCACUGUACUAAAAAUGAUUUUGCCGUAGCCUACUUCAACAGGUGUUGAUCAUGUAAAUACUCAUCCUAAGCGCUUCAGAUGUUCUUUUUAUUCUCAGUGGCAUUUGUUUGUUGUAUUUUUUGUCAGGGGUUAUUGCUGAUAUUCUUACAUUUUGUAAAGAUGUUUAUUUAUAAAUAUAAGUAUGCUGAGGCUUUUGUUAUUUGAUUAUGUAUUACGAAUUUGUAGACCCAGACAGACCCCACUGAUGUCCUCUUCUUAUCAGUCAAGAUAGCAUUCCUUUACAGGAUAUAAAAGUUAGCUAUUUUGUGUUUACAAGACAUUGUGACUGCCUAUCAAAAACUGUAGCAUUUUGAAUUUGUAACUCUAUCAUAAUUAUGUUGCGUGGGUUGCUACGUUUGUUUUAAGUUUGUUGUGUUCUGUAUUUAUUUUUAAUAAAAUUUUGUUUAAAGUA